CGGUCCACAACGGGAGAGACUCGUGGCGUGUGUGUAAAAGAAUCAUCAGUCGAAGAAACUGAUUCAAAAUCGUUUCCUCGGAUCGAAGCGAAGCAUAUAACGGAGAGAUCUCUCUACCUCUCAAAAAUGGCGGCGAGUCCGAUUGCGAGUCCGAUUGCGGUGGCGAUGUACCCGACGUUAUCGGUGUUCACUCUGGCGAUUGGCCUCUUCAUCACCGCUUUCUUCUUCAUCUAUGAAGCUACAUCAUCCAGGAAAAACCGUAGUCUCGGGAUUGAGCUCGCGACUGCGGCACUAGCAUCUGUUUUCUUGGGAUUUGGAUCGUUGUUUUUGCUGCUUGCUAGUGGUGUUUAUGUUUGAUCCUUCUUCCUCAAUACUAUUCCCAACUAGUAUCAAUGAACAAAUGAGAAAAACAACAGACUUUUUAGUUUCUGUCAAACUUAAAUGAGAGUUAUGAAUGUUAAGACUUCUGAUUAUCUGUGCUUUAACUCCAAACGGUGUUUGGAAGCGGACGCUAUUAAAUACUCCUUUGAAUUUUGGUUUCUAAAGUAAAUAAUGUUUUUGUUGGUA